AUGUCGAUUUUCAACUCGAUAUCACCCCGUAAUCUGGGUUCUUGGUCUGUUGGGGCCAUAUUGGGUCUUGCAGCAGUCGUUUUCUCGUGGAGAUUGUUGAGGUCACGUAGUAGCCCCAAGAGAAGCAUACCGCAACCUGCAACUAUAAAUUAUUCCGUGGAAGUGAAAUCACCAUUCCCUUCUACAGCUGGUUUACUUUCAGAGGCAUUGAGAGCACAGAACAAUGGACUUGAGUUCUUCCAGUCUUUUAAUGCAACUUUGGGGCAAGCAGUGAGGCGAAAGCUGAGAGGCAAAAAGGUCACUUGUCGUUUGCUUGGGGUAAUCCUGGAAGAAAACACACCACAAGAGCUCAAGAACCAAGCGACUGUGAGAUCCUCUGUUCUAGAAGUAUUGUCAAAGAUUACUCAAAUUUGUGAUCUUUAUCUUGUGGAAGGAGGUUUGGAUGAGGAAAGUGAACAAAAAGUACUUGCUGCUUUGGGGAAUGCAGGAGCUUUUAGAUCUGUUGGUUUGGUCAAGGACAAGGUUCACUUCUGCAGCGCUGAAACUAGCUUCACAUCUUUUGUUCAGCAACGAGAACCAAACUGGCAUAUUGACAGCAAUGCUGAAAUUUUUGCUGAAUUAGCUAGGUUUAUCAACUAUGGAGUCCAUGUCUCUCCAACAAAGCUCAAACAUUCACAUAGAAACGUCCUCAGCUCUACGUCGCUGGAACAGUUCUUCGGAUCAGUAUGA